GCCUGCUGCUGCACGCAAGCUGCACUGCUGAGAUCUUCGUGUCGGCCUUCAAGUCUGAGUGAAGAUGGAGAUGACCUGUGUCCGCUCCCUCACGCUGCUCAUCACACUAGGGCUCUGCGCAGCAUCACCGGUGGUGGAAUGGAUAGAACUGGAUGAAGCCAAGGCCUAUCUGAAGAAGUACGGCUACUUGAACAACCCCAUCGACCCGCAGGUCCGGGCCGACCUGGAAGAUGUUGUUGAAGCUCUCAGGGUGUUCCAGCAAGCCAACGAUCUUCCUAUCACUGGAGAAAUAGAUGACGCCACCCUGGAGGUGAUGAGGCAGCCACGCUGUGGUAUUGAAGACCCCUUCAACAAGAAAACUCACAAAUUCCGUUUACUAGGUCGUUGGCGCAAGAGGAACCUCACCUACCGCAUUCAGAACUACACACCAGACCUGAGACACACAGCGACCAAGGCAGCCAUCCACUCGGCCUUCAAGUACUGGAGCGAUGUGGCUCCCCUGAAUUUCAGAGAGGUUCAUUAUGGAAGAGCAGACAUUAGAAUCUCCUUUCAUAAGGACGACGCCUCCUGCCCAGUCCCGUUUGAUGGCCGUGGUCAUGUACUAGCCCAUGCUGAAUCACCAGAAUCUGGUAUUGUUCAUUUUGAUGAGGAUGAGUACUGGACCGAGGGAGGGAACUAUGGUACUAAUCUACGUAUUGUAGCUGCCCAUGAGAUCGGCCAUGCCCUGGGUUUGGGUCACUCACAGUACAGCAGUGCUCUGAUGGGCCCCAUCUACUCUGGCUACCGGGCCAACUUCAAGCUGCACAUGGAUGAUGUGAGAGGCAUCCAGGCAUUAUAUGGUAAACGUGUGGUCAGCACACCGACUAACCCCAUGACCCCUACCCACCCCCGGCCCACGGAGAGCACCCCUGAUGUAGAGGACAACAUCCCAGACCCCUGCACUGCCAGACUGGAUGCCAUCAUGUUGGGUCCAUGGAGAAAAACCUUUGCUUUCAGUGGGGACUAUGUAUGGACAGUCUCAGAUCUGGGACACAAUGCACCCUUACAGGUGAACAAGCUGUGGAUAGGGCUCCCUGGAAACCUCAGAGCAGCAGUGUACUCUCCGAGAACCAACAAGUCGUACUUUUUUAAAGGCGAUAAAAUUUGGAGGUACACCAGUUUCCGGCUGGACUAUGGGUACCCCAAACAGGUGAAAAACAUCCCCCCUAACAUAGAUGCAGCCUUGUACCUGGAGAAAAAUAAGAAGUUGGUCUUCAUCAAGGGCUCAAAGUACUGGCAGUGGGAUGAGCUGAAGAACAAUGAUCUGAGUAUGUAUCCCAAGCCGCUGUCCAUGCUCUUCACUGGUGCGCCCCCAGGUACCGACGCAGCCUUCACCUGGACCAACAAGAGGGUCUACUUCUUUAAAGGAGACAAGUACUGGCGUAUGAACGAGCUGCUGAUUGCGGACAGGGGCUACCCGCUGAGCGUCAAAGAACGCUGGAUGCGCUGCUGAGGACGACCAGUAGGGGACAGCAGCUUCUAAAGAGCCAAUGCAAAGGGUGCUGGUUUGACCCCAAGUACGCCCAAAGACACAAGAGCAACUCUGUGGGAGUGCUGGGAAGAUAGAUGACCAAGCUUUUACCUACACACUGUAUGCCAAUCAGCUGUUGCUUUCUUGUGUGUUGUUUCAGUGUAAGUCGGAGGCAGCUGCUGUUCAGUCAUCAUGUUGUGUGUUCUGCUCAACAGUAAGGAGAGCAGCAGCCCAGCCGGUAGCUCACUUCCCGCCUGAGUCUGAUCACCAUCCACUUCAACAGCCCACUCCGUUUGGUGGGCUUACUACUUGUGUAUGAUUCAUUUACAACGAAAAUUAUGUGCAUUUUUGUUGUGUUCUCAAGGAGACACUAAGCAAGGCCGCUGUCUUCCUCACUGUCUGUUAAACAGAUGUGCUGGAUUGUGUUUUGUUGCCUCGCAUACUUUCCUCCUUCUCUCACUGAAACGUCAGAGCACAUGGGUGGGGUGGGACGCUGUGCUUAGACUUUCAAGUUUCGUGUCACCAAGACAAACACUUAACUCAUUGUAAACAAGCCGCUCAAAUUAAAAUUGCUCCUCAUAAAUUC